CUCACAUCCCACAGGUGACAACAGGGGCACUGCUGUGCGCUUGCAGCGCUCCUGUCCCAUUUCAAGUGCAGCAACACUUGCUUUCCAGAUAAGGCGGCUAUGGGGGAGUGGGAAAGCAGCAGCAGCAGCUCAUUGAUUCUUUGCAGCCACGAAUGCACGUGACGGGCCUGCUCUCACGUGUGACAACCAGCCGGAGAGUCGCUGGCGGUUCUUUCAUGAGCGCUGCCUGGCAGCAGAUCUCUUUAUUUCCCUGCAUUCGAGAAGGGCCUGACGCCGAGAACGGAGCGCCUGCUGCCCAGGCACAAGCUCCAGGGCUCAGCAUCUCCAAGAAGGGCAAGGUCAGACCCAGGCCCAACCCUGGCGAGCGGCUCCUGCGGGGCGGCUGGAAAAGACCAGAACCACCAAGAACGGCACGAAGCAAGCCGCGGGCGGGGGCUGUAAGAAAGGCGGGUCGCUGCCCGCCCGCGAGGGUUCCUCCGUCCCUGCCUCCCCUCCUUCCUUCCUUACCGGUCUCCCAGCAGCUUCUCCUGCCGCCUCAGCAUCUCCCGCAGCUCCGGCAGGCUCCGACCCCGCAGCGGUUCCGGCGCCACCGCCAUCCUGACGGAUUACCCGGGGACAGAAAGCCCGCAUGGCCCCGGCGGCGGCACAACAGCGGCAAAGUAGCCACUUCCGGCCCCGCGUGGGCGCCGCCAUGUUUCCGGAAGGGCCCUACGGCUCCUGGGAAGGGUCAGACCGCGGCGCCGCCUUUACGCUUUCGCUCGCUUCAUAGGCCGCGCUCUGCGCCUGUCAUGGAGAGAAGUGGCAGUUGUUUGCUUAUUGUUGUUAUAAGUUUAUAUCCCGCCCUUCCUCCCAGAGAUUAUCCCAAUAUGGACCACCAAAUCUGACAAUCAAGGCUGGAGGCUUGCAAGCCCCAUCACUUUGACUAACAAAUACAAUAAAGCUGUACCAUUGUUCGUAGAACUUAUUUGCUUCUGUUCCUUGC